AUGCAGGGGAGCCGCUCUCAUCUGGAUGCAUCAUCUGUGAUCAGCUCCCCUAUGGCGGAGAGUAUUCUGCUUGAGGCGCGCACAUUCUGCGUGGUCUGCGGCCGCUUUGGAUCCGACUUCGUCCUGCGGAAGUCCGGCCUGAAGUGCAGCGGCUGCGUGGGAAAGGCAGCCAACAAGGAAUGGGCGCGACUACAGCACAGACAAGCGAACGAGUUGCUCUCUCAGGCAACGGCGCGGGCGCGGAUGGGUAGCGGCGCAUCCGCGCUUCUUUCACUAGGCGACACCGCUGGCUGGACGUACAGCAGUAUGAUGGACAGCGACGAACUGAACUCCACGUCAGCAGAACGAUCCGCCACCCACGACAGCACCAGUGAUGUGCGAGUGGUCCCACCGCUCCACCCUCCACGCUCGCGGUACUCGUCGACACAGGCGGAAACACCGCGAGGCAACUCGCACGGCCAUCAGCCGCAUAUCAUGGAGUACAUUUCAAACACCGCGGUUUAUCAAGAAGCUGCUUUAGGACGUCCUAUGACGGAUGUGCUCAGCUCUGCCAGCAAUGCAGCGUGCUCGUCGACACCACGGACCACCGAUGAUAGUUACCUAAACGAUGUAGCCAUGUCGCUCCCGUCGCCACCGGCAAAACAGCACAAGAGGAGCGGGCCACCUGCUAUACCACCACGUGCGCCACCAAACAGAUCACGAGCAUCUUUUGAGUUGAAGGACAAUCCAAAGGAUGCGGAGAAAAAGGAGAAAACAGAACCGAAGGAGGUGCACAAAUCAGAAGGUAAUGAAGCAAAAAUCGAAAAUAACAAGGGAUCGGGAAUGCAUGAAAAGGGAAUUGCGGACAAAGAGGUGCAUGUGAAAAAGGAUGGGAAGAAGGGCUUUGUGUCCGCGAUGAAAUCUGUAGCGAGCCCAGCACCUGCCGCAUCGGGGGAACCCAAGCGCAACUCGGGCAGCGGAGUGAGGCGUGCGCCGAGGGCUGAGAAGGUGGAGGCCGUUGAGGCCGUGGAUGCUGUGGAGUCGAACUGCGACGAUGAGGAAAUAACCGCCUCCAUUGCGCUUCCACCGCUACUACAGUCGGACCCGUACGCCCGCCUCCCAAAGACGCCCCGCGCAGAUGAUUUCAUGAGCCUGCCGGACGCCUCCGCGUCUGACGUGAACCGAGAGGGAACACCAGAGGUGCGGAAAUCCUCCAUUGGAACGGCUGCAACAGCAAGCGAGGCGAAGAACAGAAAUUCGGCACCACACCCUUUCUCUGCCAACGCGUCCGUUGGUCGCAAUGAGACCCACCACACUGCUGGGUCUCGCCGUUCCGUUACCCCAACAGCCGCAAGCCCCAGCCUUAACUCGCUGCGGUCCUCCAUCGACGGUGGCAAGAUGGCGCCGCCUACUAUUUUUGCUGUUUCAAAGACGGCGGGUGAUAACAGCAGCGGAAGCAAGCACUCAUCGCGGGUACCUGCAGUCGCGGCAGUAGCAGGAACCCACAAGAAGAAGUUGCCACGACGAUCGAACACGAAUCAGCAACAGCCACAACAUCUGCAAACACAUCCUUCACAUGUGGAUCCCAUGUCUCGACAGUUUGGACGCUGCGAAGUGACGUCUGCGGAGCUUCUUGUGUCGUCUUCUUCGCCCUCGUCCACAUCAUCGUCCUCUGCCUCUGCGACUGCAAAUGGCGAAGAUCCGUUGCUGGAUAAGCACACACCUGGAGAUUCGACUCUGCAGCCAAAGCCGUUGGGAGUUGUUGAGAAUGCCAUGAUGCCAUGCAAUAUCAAUAUUGAUCGUCUGUAUGUUGCCGUGGAAUUUCAGCAUUACGCAUCGCCAGAUGAGUCAAUCUCUUUCUCUCAUGUUCGUCGCUUAUCAUCAUCGUCGUCGGGCACGAGUGCUAUGAACCAAUCUGCUACUCCCGUUCCAUCAGCACCAGGGAGUAAAUUCACUGUGACAAAGCACUUUUCAUCUGCGCACCAGCGUCAGGAAAGCUCAGGCUCUCUUAUCACGCCGCGCUGGCCUCUCGAUCAGCGUUUGGUUGCCUCUCCUGCUGGAGGAUUAGGAGGUGUUAGCAGCAACGACGCUGCAUCGCAACGACACGGUGGCCGUCGGCGCAAUGUAGCUUCUUCUGAAGGCGUAGAAGCAAAGAAGCUCGCUUUUAUUUUAUUUGUGCGUGAUCGUGACACAAAGGAGGAUCUUUAUUCUGUGAAACGCCGCUACUUUGUUGACCUGGCGCCCACGUUCCACGAACUGAAGACAUUAAUGAAUACGCUACCGCCAGUACCUGUUCGCCGCCUGCCGAGCGUGCGUUGUGUGACGGAAGCUUUCAUCACUGAACGACGAGUGGAGUGCCAAAAUUUCCUUGACGCGGUGGUACAGAACCACUUCCUGAUACGCCACCCAAAGAUUGUGGAGCUUCUGCGGUUAGAGCCGUUCCUGAAUAACGCGUCGGCAUCGCGGGAGCGGUUAGACAACGACGCUGCGCGUCACGCUGGGAAUUAUGGUUCCUCCCCCUCCACCAUGAAGCAGACGUCGUCAGUGUCGCUCCAUCUUAAUGAAGAUGCACUAGAUAAGCUCCGCUCAAUGUCUUCCAUGGGCCGCCUUGGUCGGCACCUGAGCACCUCGAGCUGUAUCUCAACAACUUCUUCUGUGGCACGUCGUGGCGUAAUGGAUUCGGUUAGCAAGGAAGACCUUGAAAAGGUGCAGCUAGGCAACUUAAUAGGCCGUGGAACGUUUGGUACUGUUUACCUCGGGCUUCUACCGGGCUGUUCCGCGGUGGUUGCAGUGAAGGUGGUGCGCGUGAAUGAGAACGUAGACGAGGACUUCCUCCUUUCGAUGCGGAAGGAGCUCGACGUGCUUCGGGCUGCGCGUCACAAGAAUAUCAUCCGUUUCCUAGGAAGCACGUACCUUGAACGUGAGCGGGAGUUGCGUGUCUUCACGGAGUACGUCGAGUGCGGUAACGUUUCCACAAUGGUGAAAAAGUUUGGCAGCCUGCCACUUCUGGUUAUUCAGAAGUACAUGACGCAAAUCCUUCGCGGCCUGCAUUAUCUGCACAAUAUGGCGAUUGUGCACCGCGACAUCAAGGGUGAAAAUAUUCUCAUCACCAAGAAGGGUCGCUGCAAGUUGGCGGACUUUGGUUGCAGUGGUACUCUCCACGAGGUUGAGGGAAGGGAGGACAUGCAGGGCUCACCGCUGUGGAUGGCUCCAGAGAUUAUUCACGGCGCGCCACCGGCAACAGCAGGUGACAUUUGGGCACUCGGCUGCGUCGGCAUAGAGAUGCUGCAGCGCCCCAUUUGGAACAUUGAGAGUGACAUCAACCCUUACAUCUUCCUCUACCGUGUAGGGAAGAUGAAUAUGCCACCCCAUGGCUUGCCGACAGCAGAAGAGCUUCAGCAGUUCAGUGGAAGGGAGGAGACACGGGACGAGUACGAGUGCUUUGGCAUGUACCGUGACUUCCUUUCCCAUUGCCUGCGCGUGAGUGCGGAGGAGCGCUGGGGCGCCGCCGAGCUGUUGAAGCACCCAUUCCUUCAGAAGCCCUUCGCGAAGCACAUGCGUUGGAUGCCGCCGCCGGAAAGUGCCGGAAAAGAUGAAAAGCCGGCAAAGUAG